AUGUCCACCAACACCACCAAAAGGGCAAACCAAACAUUGUCCCAACACCAUCCCAAUCAUGCCGACCCACAAUCCCAACCAGCCAUCAAGGAGCCUCCCAACCUCCCGACCAUAAACCCCAAGCAAAAAAGGACUGUGUCAGACGUUUUGGAGAUGGCAGAGAUCAUCGCAACCAUGUUCAACCAAAUAAGGGAGGGUAAUUGCACCCACAAAUUCUUUAUCGACACAUUGUCGAAAGCGUAUGAGAUCUUGGGUGGUGACCGAUUGACGACUUUUCGAACCGAUGUCAAGGACGAAGCCACAGAGAGCACCUGGGAGAUGGUGUCAGAAAACAGGUUUGCCGUGUUGGCUCUAGGUGAUGAAGAGGACGACCUAGAUGAACCAACAGCAGAAGAACAAGCCACCACUGAUCCUUCGACGCGAACCAGGACAAAGUUCCGGCCUAGCAAGGGCAAGAGUAAGGGAAACAAGGCGAGGCGGCACUGGCCGGCAAAAGACGACCACCCCAGAGUCGAGUGGUGGGCAGACGACCUUGCCGAGUUACCCAGCGAGACAUUCGGCCAUCACCACGUCCUUGAUCAGACAGACCGAACCGGCCAUUUUAUUGACUUGAGCCACUACAGUUUAUCUCUCGCUGGCUGGACAAGAGACUCGCCUAAAGACAUCACAGCAUAA